GGCGGCGGCGCUCCCUCCUGGGGCGGCUGCUGCAGCCGGGCAGGGAGGAGAAGUGGGCGGCGCCCCCCCAGCCUCCUCCCCCGCCCCCUCCUCCCCGGGAUGGCGGGCCGCUUCCAAGCAGCAGCAGCCGCAGCCGAGCCUGCCCGGCGGGGGGGGGCCGCUCUCUCUCGGGAGUCUCCCCGGCGGGGCCGGCCUGUCCGCCAGGAGCAGCACGUGGGUCCGGCAGCUGGGCCCGCCCCCCCCCCCGCAGAGUUACCCCGAAGCCCCAGACGGCGGGCCCGGCGAUCCCCGGGAGAGGCGGCGGCAGCGGGCCGGGCCUCAGCUAGAGGGGGCGGCGGCGGCGGAGGAAAAGCAAACGGAAUGGUCUUGCACCCAGAAGAAGGGAGGCUGUGGAAGGCCUCAUCCUGCUUGCACGCUUUCCAGGGCAGCCCCUGCUGCAGGGCAAGUGAGAACCUUGAUCUUCUUGUGCUGCCGUGCCUAGAGAGGAAGGGGGCUCAGCCGCAGAGGGCUUCCUUCAAAAAGGCUUCGUGGGCAGGGGUCCCAGGACAGACCCUGCUGGCACUCCGCUCCCUGGUGUUCCUUUUGAGAGUGUGAGCCCCCCUUGGAGAUGGGAAGCCACCUUCUCAGUCCUUGGGCUAGGAAAACUGCUUUGAGAACUUUGUUGUUGCAGAGUGAUAAAGACACAGAUUUGCAGUGGGCCAAAACGGCUGGGCUGGGGUGAGGGCAGGUGCUGUCUUGCCCGCUCCCAGCCCCUGCGGAGAAGAGACGGCGGAGAAGCCCCUCUGUGGCAACUGGCAGUGCUGUGGGGCUCCUUCCAGUGCCAUUUUCCUGCCCUAGCCAGAAACCUGAGCAGCUUGUUUUUCUUCAGUUGUACGUCAACUGCUUGGCCUGGAAGGCAACACACGACACAGCAGUGGUCAUACAGAGAUGGGCUCUCAAGCACUGGCCGGGUCAAGCGGAAGGGGUGGUGGGGAUGGGUAGUCCCCUGCUCAGGCACAACUCACCAGCCACAAGGAAAGGGGGCCUCUCUCCCCCGCUUCUAAUUGGCAGAGAGGGGAGCAUGAGGGCCUCCCCACCACCCCCUCCAACCCCAAUAGACUUAGGCCACAGAGCUCUCGAGCUGCUCCAUUCCCAGGAGCAGCCCUCCCAGCUCCGAGGGGCUUCUGCCACAAAGCACCACAGAUGACCGGGCGCUCCCACCCACCAGCCUUGCCCUGCAGUCCCUGAAGGGCAGCCGUGUGGAUGCCUGCUGUUUGGUGCUGCCCUGCCCACAGCAGCGCCUUCCAGCAUCCACACAGGGGAGGCGAAGGCAUGAGAUGGCCCCGCUGGAGGCCUCUGCUCUGCUCCCGGGACAGGCAGGGAAGAGGCCAGCCUCGAUUGAGCCCCGGCCCAGGCACUUCGCUUGGCAGGGCACUGCGAGAAAGGCAGCCACAAGCCAGGCCCGGCCGAGCUUCCCGGGCAUGGCUCACUCCCUGGAGCUCACAUCAGCACCUGCAAGCCCUUCGGUUAGCUGCGCUGCUGGGAAAGGCCAGCGUCUUGGACACCAGCAAGUGCUCCCCCACCCCACCCCUUUUGCUGGAUGAAGACAAAUUCAGACUCGGCUGCCCAGCUUAGCUUAGAGCCCUAGAGUUCAAGAGCUGAUCUAGUAGAUGGCAAGAAGGGUAGAGGUGAGCCAGGCCGGGCCCUUUUAUCCUGAUGUGGACAAAACACCCGAGUGGUAGCAGCACAUCAAUCUAUUACAGUGAACUGUCAGCGUCCCCCCGAGCAAGGUAAUUUGUUAAUUCAGAGCCGGCUCUCUUUUUUCAGCAGACCUUGUAAACUCUUUUCUGAAACAUCAAUAAACCAUCUGCUUUGA